AUGAGUUGGUCGGCCACAUUCGCGGGCCUGCGCCCCCGCCCUCGCGGCCAGGGUGGAUCGAUCGCGCCGCCGCCCCGCCCCGCGCGCCUCACACCUCACGCGCCCUCAGCCGCCGCCCGGCAACAACUAGCGGAACACCAUCCGGGCGGGGGGCGGGCGGCGGGCCCUCCACCCCCCCAUCCCUCCGUUACUACGCACACACUAUUCAAAUUAGCCACACUCGAACUUAUGGAGUUACAUUCUCAUCUGUUGGGACGCUUCGCAUGGCGACGAUAUACUCACGAUCGAUUUGCACCGCGCGACACUUUUCAAUCGACGCUACUUAGAAAACUUAUAACA